AUGCCGAAAAAGCGCGCGCUUUUUCCGGCGAACCGGGAUAAAACCAAAAACAUAACAACAACAAAGAAACAGUUUGAGCGGCUGGUGCAGCUUUUGGAGAAGAACCCCGACAUCGCAAAAGGAUUUAUACGUGGUAACUCCGGACCAUUUUGGAACGAUUGUGCUGCUGAAUUAAACAGUUUGGGACCACCCAUCCGUGAUAGGUCUGGAUGGAAAAAGGUGUGGGCGGAUUAUAAAUCAGCGUUGAAGCGCAAACUCUCUCACAACAAAAGAGAGCAAAGGGCAACUGGAGGAGGACCCAACAAAACGAUACAUUUGUCUGAGCUAGAGGAGCAAGCGGUUCAGCUAACUGGACUGUUGGAAACCGUAGAAGGAAUACCAGGUUGUUCUUCACAAGGAACACCUAAGGGAAAAAACAACGAGGUUAAUGCAGAUGCCAAAACGGUUGAGCCCAACAGCACAAGAGACCAACAUCACUGCCUGAUGGUGAAAACUAUCCAGACAACCGCUAGUGGUGAAGCGGCCACCAACCGCAUGAUUACCGGUGACUGUGGCUACGCGCUACGUGCUGCUGGGGAACCGAUCGAGUAUCUUCACCCCCAUAACACUGCGAAAAGCAAAUGUUUGAUAGUUUUACGAUCGGCACUCAGUAGCAAACGAGGACCGAUCCAGGGAUCGGACGAUCGCGGCGUAAUCUAG